CAACUGAACAGUAACAUUACAGCUUCAGGACUAUCGUUAGAGCAAUGGAAAGUGGCAAGGUAGCUGUAUAGCUAACUACAUGGAGUAUAAAAAGAAGCCUAAAAAAGCAGUAACGGGGAUUUUUGGAUACAAGUCAACGUUUGCUACAAACUUGCCAUAGUCGGAACCUACACGGUGUUUUAAAACAAAUGUAGCCAGCAUUUCACAUCGCUGUCGGAGAAAGAUUUUCGCUAGCUAGCUCGCUAGCUAGCAAGCAUCAAAAAAGUAUUUUGCGUUUACCUAACUUGGCUAAAUUUGCGUUGACUGGUAGAUAACCGACACACUUAACAGCAUUUUUGCUUCUUUGUGGAGUAACAUAGCUUCAAAACUAAGGUUUGUGUGAUUUUGCUAAAAUGCAUCACCAACAGCGAAUGGCUGCCUUAGGGACAGACAAAGAACUAAGCGACUUAUUGGAUUUCAGCGCGAUGCGAAACAGCGAUUUGAAAAUGUUCCCAACACCAAUGAUGUUUUCUCCCCCCGUAAGCAGUGGAAAGAACGGACCGACCUCGCUCGGGAGUGGACAUUUCACAGGCUCAAAUCUUGAAGAGAGGGCCAGCUCAGGAUCGUGGGGAAACGGAAGUCGCGCCUCAAAGAGUUACGUUGAUGGUUCCCAGUACGCUCACAUGGCCAACCGGGAACUUGGAUCGCACGAUAGCAUUUCUCCGCCCUACCACAACUCCAGACUAGCGGGUAAAUCAGACAGAGCAUCCUACUCGUAUGGGAGAGAGUCCAACCUGCAUGGCUGUCAUCAGCCGAAUCUCAUGGGGGGAGAGAUGGGAAUGGUCAGCCCUGGAACAGUGUCCCCCACCAAGCCAGGCUCCCAGUACUACCAGCAUUACGGCAGCAACCCGCGCCGGAGACCCAUGCACAGCGACCACAUGGAGGUCCAGACAAAGAAAGUUCGGAAAGUUCCCCCUGGUUUACCCUCUUCAGUGUACGCCCCAUCUGCGAGCACGGCGGACUACAACCGUGACUCACCGGGGUACCCGGCCUCCAAACCCCCCGCCGGCUCCUUCCCCAGCUCCUUCUUCAUGCCCGACGGCCAUCACAGCGCUGACCCAUGGAGCUCCUCCAGUGGCAUGAACCAGCCCGGCUACAGCGGCAUGCUGGGAAACUCUUCACACGCCUCCCAGAGCAGCAGCUACUGCGGCCUGCACCCACACGACAGGCUGAGCUACCCAUCACACUCCUCGGCCGACAUCAACUCCAGUCUUCCUCCCAUGUCCAGUUUCCACCGCAGCGGCGGGACCAAUCACUACAGCGCGGCCUCCUGCUCCGCCACCACAAACGGCACAGACAGCGUCAUGGCUAACCGGGCGCCGAGUGGGGCGCCAAGCAGCUCCCAGACGGGUGACGCCCUUGGAAAGGCCCUGGCUUCGAUUUACUCCCCGGAUCACACAAACAACAGUUUCUCAUCCAACCCCUCCACCCCUGUAGGCUCUCCGCCCUCCCUCACAGUCCUCUCUCCUCCAGCCCCCAGCUCAGCAGUCUGGUCCAGGAACGGAGGACAGGGCCCGUCUUCUCCCAACUAUGAGGCUCCGCUGCACUCUCUGCAGAGUCGCAUCGAGGACCGUCUGGAGCGGCUGGACGACGCCAUCCACGUGCUGCGCAGUCACGCCGUGGGCCCCUCCCCCGCCAUGCCCAGCGGCCACGGCGACAUGCACAGCCUCAUCGGCCCCGCCCACAACGGAGCCAUGGGCGGCCUGGGCUCCGGCUACGGGACCGGCCUCCUCUCCGCCAACCGCCACUCCAUCAUGGUGGGCGCUCACCGUGAGGAUGGUGUGGGCUUGCGUGGCAGUCAUCCAAUUGUGCCAAACCAAGUGCCAGUCCCACAGCUGCCCGUCCAGUCGGCCACCUCGCCCGACCUGAGCCAGCCAGACCCCUACAGAGCUCUCUCCAGUGGUCUCCAAGGCCAGAGCGCCUCGUCCGUCAGCUCCGAGAUCAAGUCGGAGGACGAGGGCGAUGAGAACCUGGACAGCAAGUCGGGGGACCCCAAGAAGGAGGACCCGGACAACAAGGACCUCAAGGGUCUAGAUAGUAAUAACGACGACGAGGACCUGACCCCCGAGCAGAAGAUCGAGCGCGAGCGAGAGCGGAGGAUGGCCAACAACGCCCGCGAGCGCCUGCGCGUGCGCGACAUCAACGAGGCCUUUAAGGAGCUGGGCCGCAUGGUGCAGCUACACCUGAAGAGCGACAAGCCCCAGACCAAGCUGCUCAUACUACACCAGGCCGUCGCCGUCAUACUAAGCCUGGAGCAGCAAGUCAGGGAGAGGAACCUGAACCCGAAGGCCGCGUGUCUGAAGAGGCGUGAGGAGGAGAAGGGCUCGUCGGACGGAGCCUCGCUCUCGCUGGCCGGUGGCCACCACAGCAUGGGAGACGCCUCCAACCCCAUGGGACAAAUGUCCAAGCUGCCAGAGUUCAUCAAGGCGAUGACCGACCACUUCCUUUGACAACGUCACCCGAUUCCCACCAACCAAUCAGCCAACCAAUCAACCAGACCAUGAUUCAGCUCAGUAAUUCAGUCAACCAUCUGACCGACCAACUUUUUUUGUUUUUUUCCUGACCUGUCUUAUGUCUUCUGUAGAAAUACUGGCAUAUGUACACUGGCGAAGGAAAGAAGAGACACAAGACCUUUUUCCUUUUCUGUUCUUUUCAGCAUUCCCAAUUUUAAAAGAAAAAAAAAAAGAAACGUACAUUUAAAAAAAAAAAAGUUCAAAAAAAGAAAAAAACAGGAUUAAAAGAAAAAGAAUAUGUGCGAAAAAUCGAUGGGGGACUCCUCAAACAUAUCAUGAUGUUGUACCAACAUUGCAGGGCUGGUGCAGCCCUCAGACCGAACGGCAAUCUACUCCACACUGUGGAACCUGCAGUCGUGCCUGACUUCCUGUCGGACGUCGAAAACAAAAAGAGAUGAAUCGAGUCAAUCAAUCCCACUGGUCUUGAGGGGGCGGGGACAGAACGAGGGGGUUUCCAACUAAAACAAAACAGAAAAGUGAUUACAAUAUGUGGUAGAAAUUGAAAAAUCAUGUUGAAACUCGCAAUAAUGACAAAAAGUGUACUUCUAAAUUCAGAGCAGAUGAAUUUGAACGGGACAGUGUGUGAAGGCAACUGCAGCAUGGUUGUGCAGGAGAGAACAGGGGAUGUGAAGAUUAUGCUGCCCCUAUAGUGACUCCUAAGCCAGCACACACACAUCAACAUAAACACACAAACACACAGAUACACACAUCCCAGAGCCCACAGCACAGCCACUGAGCAGAGAGAGAGGGGAGCUUCAGUGAGGAGAGGGGGAGGCCGUCGUCACAUCUUUCCGCUCGUAGUCCCGGCAAAGAGGACUGUGAAAGGGUGGAGCGAGAGAGAAAGGAGAAGAAGAAAGACGGGUUGAUUAGAAGGGAACAGACGUUUGGUCAGGGGCAAGAAAGGUCAUGUGGCUGGUCAGUGCGAACACAGGCAGGAGAGAAUCAGGAACCCAGUGGGUCCAUUGCUCCCAUCACUCUGGUCGUUGACUUCUCCGUUUGUUUGGUUUUGUUUUCUGCCCUGGUCUAGCCGCUCACAGCUCCUGUUCUCCCCAGUGCUCCCCCCUGACCCCUGACCCCUCAGCCAACCACCUCCCCACCCCACCCCACCCCACCCCACCCCACCCCCAGAGAUGCAACUAUGACAUGCUACACUUCUACCAAUGUGCCUUUUUAGAGUCCAUAUCAUCACACAGCGUGAGGAAGGAGGACCUUAUUGGGACUUUUUAGGAUGCAAGCUUAGGGAAAAAUCGUUUUAUUAGGUCAUUAGGUCUAUGCAGUCAGGUUUUUUACAACCUGGGAUUUAAAAAAAAGUAAAAAGGAAAAAAAAGUAUUUUUUGGAUAAACUGUAUUUAAUGUACUGUAAUGCUUAUAUGUAAUUAGAAGGCGUGUCCCUGGAGAAUAACCUGUUUUGAGUGAGUUGUGCCCCUCCCCCAGCUCCGCCCUCUCCGUGACCCCACCCCUCGGCCCCUUCCUCACCCCCCGCAGCUGGAUUUGUUUCCAUAGUGAGCGACACGUCUGUUAUUGAGCGUUGUAUUAUAGCUAUCAGCUUUUUAUCAAUAUGGGCUUGUCCGUGGGCCACUGUAGUCUUCAGUACAAAUGUGUGGUUGUAUGUGUAAAACUGAUUUUUUUGUUUUCUCUUUUUUAAAAAAAAAACUUUCUCUUAUUCUUUGUCUGUUCUGGUUUCUCUGUCGGGGAAGAAAAAAAAUGAGGAGACCACACUUUUGCUGUGUCAGCAGCGACUCUCCCUCUGUGGUUUCGCUUAUCCAAUCAACACGAGGCACUGAAACUGGAAAAGAAUCUAUUAGAAAAAAAUCAAUAUAUAUAAAUGUAGAAAUAUAUACGAUAUUAUUGGAAAAAAAGGUGUCAAUUUUGAGAGGAGAAAAUGUUGGGGGGAUGAAUUAUUUUCUCUAAUCGCCGGGCGGAGCUAUACGAGAAGCACUCCAGUGUUACUUUUUUUCUGAAAGUGACGUGAUGGCUGAAGCACGCUGACAUCAGUGACUGUGCGGGCAGAACUUUAGGGACCGGACAUCCAUCAGCACCACUCACUGCUACUCAGCUGUCAAAAGGACACACUGACAUUUGUAAAUUGUAUGCAACAAAUGCAAACCUACCAUAAUUUUGAAAUUGUGUAUGUAAAAGUUAUAUUUUUACAUGUAGACUGUUGUUAUUUUGUGUUUAGAACUAUGUUGUAUCAGUUCUUUUUUUUCUUCUUUUGUUAAAAGAUGACAAAAGUAAUUCAGUGUGUUUUGAAAAAAAAUGUGUCACAUUGAAAAUGUAGUGAGGUCAAAUGCUUCAGAAUCUUCUUUUUUAUUGUUAUGUUUAUACUGUAUUUCCGGGAACAUUUGUUUGAGGGACUCUGGGAAUGGAAAAUGAAAAGGUAUAUAGUAUUUGUUUCAUGCUCCAUAGUCAUUACAUUGCCAUUUUAAUUGUAUUUUGGAUAUAAAAAUGUAAAUAGUCAUAACAGGCAGGGGGAAAAUUGUGUCAUUUUUGUCGAGGGUGAUUACUUUCGGACAGCAGAGUGAGGGGAUGAACCGUUCUCUAGCCGUGCACGAUCUGUUGGUCCAAGGCAGGUGCCAAACACAGCGUCCAGUGGUGGCUGUCAGAUUCAGCCCCCAACUCUUUAGCUCUCCUAAAGCGCUGCCAUGAUGGGUCUGAAGCCUGGAACAGGCCUCCGCAGCCUGGCUGCCAGAAGACAUGCGAGAUGGCUCUUAGUCAGAUGCCAUCACUAGACUUGACCAACACAGACCAACAGAAUCGCCUUCUGGUAUAUCAGUCAAGUGUCAGACGAUUCUUAGUCUCUGAACAAGAGAGUGUGAAGAAGUCCUUAUUUUCCCAUGUUCAUACUGGGCUGAUAGUAGACAGUAUUUAGACCUUGAGAGGCAUAUCAUGCAGUGCGAUGUCACACAAGUGGGCAAUCAAGGCAGCGUUUUUGGUCACACUUUAUGUGAAUAGUCCACUUCAGACUAUGUACAGAUACUCAGAUUAUCAACUGUUGACUCUCUGUUAAUUAAAAUGUAUGGUUAAGGUUAGGGGUUGGUUUUGUUUCAGAUGAUGUUCGGUUAUUGUUCAACGCCAGUUUUACAUACUGAACCUGAAUCUCAACAGAUGAUCUGCUAAGUCUUUGUGGGCGGACUAUCCAAGUAAAGUGUUGCCCAUUUUCUUUCCUCUGGUUUGCCAUCCACAUAAGAAUUCCCUUAGUGUUAAACACUUCCGUCAGACGUUGCUUGUCUCAUUCCGUCACUCAUUUAAGAUUUGUUUUCUCUCAUUACAGCCAGAAAGAAAGGCCAAAACAUUUCUUUUUUUUUCUUUUCUUUUUUUAGGUUUGGUUGUGAAUAUUUCACCUUGCAUUUGAACCAGUUUGUCAUGUUGUGCUUUAGCAGUUGUUUCAGCUUGCUUUGGGUUUGAGGCCAGGAAUGUCUUGUCUCCAAUUGAGGGUCCCCUUUCAUGUAAAUCUCGUCAUGGCAAAUAUCUAGAGAUACAGUAAAUGUCCCACACAGGCAGCAAAAAUAUAGCUGAUAUUUGGUAAUUUAUCGAUGUGUUUUUCAGUGCACAAAAAGGAAUGGGGAAACAAUGCAUUUUAUAAGAAGUGGUUGUGUGUCAAAUUUGUUUUUUGCAAGAAGUGCUAAUUUUUGUAACUUGAAAAAAUAAUAAUAAACUGAACAAUCAUUGGAGCCCAAUUGCUUCCCAGCUGUGGCUUCACUUAUUAUGGGAAAUAAAUAAAAAAUCAAAGUGAAGAUUAGCUGGAUAUCCGUCACCCACUGCCAACCAUUAACAAAAACUCUUCUGACCCUUUCAGUGUCAUUAAACUCUGUGGAAACUCCAUCACUUGCUGUGAAUGGAGAAUAAUGAUUUACUCUAAGUUUUAGAUUACCAGUGUAAUUCAAAUGAUUGUCUUAAGCAGAGCCGAAAUAAACAGUAAAACACAAAGGCAAAUGACAGCAUAGCAGAACACAUUGUUACUAAUUAAAAACCAGUUCCAUUUGUCUUCAGUCCUGCUAGAAUGAACAGGCACCUGUCAGUCAAGUUAAGUAUGCAAUUUGUGUAGUCUUCCAUAUUUUUUUUCUUUUUUGGUCCUGUUUAAUUUCCAUACUGUGUGUAGAUGUGGGGCUUGGAGAGGUCAAGAACAGAGAAGGAGAGGCGAAUAGUCACGUUAAGGAAGUAGUCCCCCUUCUGCAGCUCAGACACCUUCAACAAGCACAAACAAAUUGGUAGAAGUAGCUGACCAGAGAGUUUUACACCAAUCUUCAAACUGAUGAGGAACUAAAGCAGGAGGCACCACCGCUCUGAGACUUCAUUCUCCCUGAGUAGUCAUUCUCUCUCAUUCUUCUGUAUUUUUAAGCAGCCAUCCUUGUGCAGUGGUUUUAAACAUGAUCAUUUCAGAGUAUUAUAGACAUAUGUAAUAGUGAAAAUAUAUGGACUGUGGCCUUUUUCAUUCUUGUUACUUGUGAUGCAAUUAAGUGAAGAAAAAUACAGUAAGCAGAGAAUUACCAUGUAUCAGUGCCUGGCUUUUUGUUAUAAGACUUCUUCUGUCUAGUGCCCUUUUGCUAUGGAAUAGACUAGCGCACCCUAUUCUAGAGAAAACAAAAAAAUGAGAGCUAAAUUUGAAAACAAAUUAUAUUUGGCUUAUUUUUUCCAGGGGCUAUCAUUUUAUACCAGGAAUAUUGAGUAAAUCAAUGUAAAACGGGAGUAAAUAAUGUCCAAUUCAAAAAUAUUCCACUUUGUAGAUUUUUGGAAUCAUUCGCAGUGAAACAGUUUGUUACUUUAUUUUACUAUUUAAAGAGGUUAUUUUAGUGUGUGUUACGAGACGAGACUGUACAGCGUGGUGGGCGGUGGCCCUCGGACUGAGGACAGAGGGAGACGUGGGUACCAUCCAAACCUGCAGCAGUGAUUCAGAGGAGAAAACAAAAACAAAAAAGAAAAAAGCGACAGUUACACUUUCUUUCCAGUGUGAGGCUACGAGCCUCAAGCCUUUUUCUUUUCAUGUAUUUUCAGUGUGUAUGUGUGCGUGUGUGUAUGCGUUCCUCUUUUGAUUUCAUUUGAUUUUUUUUUUUUUUUAAUUAUUGUUUCCAUUGGACUUUUUUAUUUUGUUUUUCAUUAUAAUUAUUAUAGUUGUUAUUAUUGUUAUUAUUAUGAUUACUUUUUCUGAUAAUUAGAAGUGUCCACACAGGUUUGUGUGCUGGAGUUUCUCUUCAAGCCAGCUUAUAUUAGGCCAUUGCCUGUUGUUUUUCAUCUUGUAGUUAUUCAAUGAAGUCAUGUACAUGACCGUUCUGUAGCAAUAAAUGUGCCAUUUUUAUAACCUA